AUGGAUGAAUUUGUUCAGAACUCCUUGAUAGACAUGUAUUUAAAAUGCGGCUUUGCCGACUUGGCAUACCUGGUUUUUGACAAGAUUACAGAAAAAAGUAUUGUGACAUGGAACUGCAUGAUUUCUGGGCUUUCUCAGAAUGGCUUUUCAGUAGCAGCACUCAAACUAUUUGAUCAGAUGUACUUUAGUUGUCUGAAGAUUGAUGAAGUAACCUUCUUAUGUGCAAUUCAAGCUUGUUCCAAUUUGGGCUACGAUGAGCGGAUUUCUGCCACUUUGGUUGACAUGUAUGCCAAAUCUGGAGACCUUCAAACAGACAAACGAGUUUUUGAUAUCAUGCCAGAGAAAAGCGUUGUGUCAUGGAGUACCAUGAUCGCUGCUUAUGGUAUACACGGUCAAAUGAUUGCGGCUGGUUCACUCUUAACAAAAAUGGUAGAGUCAGGCAUCAGACCAAACGAAGUAACCUUCAUGAAUAUCUUAUCCGCAUGUAGGCAUGCCAGAUCAAUGGAGGCCAGAAAAUUCUAUUUCAACUCGAUGAGGGAUUAUGGCAUAGAGCCUAACAUAGAACAUUUUGCCUCUAUAGUCGACCUCCUAAGCCGCACUGGUGAUCUUGAUGAAGCACACAGAAUAAUUAAAUCAAUGCUCUUCCCUGUAGAUUCUAGCAUAUGGGGAGCUCUACUUAACGGAUGCCAAAUUCAUGGUAGGAAAGACCUGAUUCGACAAAUUAACAAUGACCUUCAAGAAAUAAGUACAGAUGAUACAGGGUACUAUACGUUGUUAUCUAAUAUAUAUGCCAAAGGAGGAUACCUCCAUGAAUCCAGAGCGGUGAGAACAAAGAUGGAAGGGAUGGGACUAAAGAAGGUUCCUGGUUAUAGCACCAUUGAAGUUGAUAGGAAAAUCUACAGAUUUGGAGCUGGAAAUGCUUCUGAAUCUAAAGAAAUUUACAUGUUUGAAGAAUAUUUACGAAGUUCGGGACAACUAUGUGACGUAGAAGGCUAUAAUAGUAUAUUUUCUGAGGAUUAUAAUAUUAAGAGCUUGCGGAGAAAAGCUAGCUAUAGAGCUGUGAUAGUUGGAAUGGAUCCAGUAUGUUGUGAAUCAACUUCAUGGAUGGAAAACGCCCAGGUUAAGAAGUUAUCUCGUGGUUCCACUCAACCAUUUUAUCAGGGACCAAAAGAAGUUGGAAGAGUUGGGUAUAAGUUGCUAGCACUGAUGGAAAAUGGAGUUUUUUGGUUUCAUCUAUUUUGGCUUGAUGGUGAUGAGCAUGUGUACUUCAUGUUUGAUAUUCAUAGGAGUAUCAUGGCGAAACAAGUGAUGGAGUUUUCUGUGGAGGUCGAUGAUGUUGGUGGUGGUGGUUCUAGUCACUCGAAUUUUGUCUAG